AUGAAAGUUUUAAGUGUCACUAAACCAGCAGGCAGCAGCGAUGGAGCAAUAAUAUCUCUACUGCCGCAGGAUAAAGAGGAUCUUUUCGUCCUUUAUCAAUUGAUCGACAAGAAUGACGAAGUAAUCUUCAAGAAGAUGGUUACUACGAGCAUGGAUGAGGCUGGUAAGAAAAAAAAUACCAGUCUAGCUAGACUGAAGCUUCAGAUUCUCUCAAAUGAGUUUGAUAUGAGGAAUGAGUCUUUAAGAUACAAAGGUGUGACAACAGUCGAUGAUACCGGAAAGUCUAAUGUCAACGUCCCUGUUGGUAAGUUCUUCAGCUUUACAGUGAAUUACUCCUAUCCUUUUACGAUUAUCAAACAUGACCACAAUAGAUACACUCAGAAAUUACUUGAUGAAGCUGUCAAUACCGAGGCGAAAGCUGAUACCGCGGCUGUAGUUUUAGAAGAAGGCAUAGCUCAUGUAUGUCUCCUCACUCCAUCUUCGACUCUUUUGAAACAAAAAAUAGAGUAUUCGUUACCUAAGAAAAAGAGGGCAACUGACAUUAUCAAGUUCGAUGAGAAAACGAAAAAAUUCUACAAAGCAAUUUACGAUGCUAUGAAAAAGUACUUUGAUUUAACCAAACUGAAAAUGAUUAUCCUUUGUUCACCUGGGUUUUAUGCAAAAACUUUAUUCGAGAAAACAAUGCAGUUCGCCGAAGAAGAACAAAACAAGCAAAUAUUGAGUAGCAAAGAUCAUUUUUUGGUAGCACAUUGUUCCACAGGAUAUCUUCAGGGGAUAACAGAAGUAUUAAAAAAUCCUUCUUAUUCAUCAAAGUUGAAAGAUACAAAGUAUACUCAAGAGGCGCUUAUCAUGGAUGAGUUUUUGCAGCAUUUGAAUAACGACGAUGACAAAGCCUGGUAUGGAGAAAAUGAAGUUACUACGGCUGCAAAUCUGGGUGCCAUCAAUUACUUGCUGAUCACUGAUUCCAUGUUGAGAUCAGAUGAUAUCGAUCAGAGGAAAAGAUGCCUAGCACUGGUGGACAGCAUAGAACAAACCGGCGGCAAAGUAGCAGUUUUCAGCUCAUUUCACACUUCUGGUGAGGAACUGAAUAAACUAACAGGAUUGGCAUGUAUUUUAAAAUAUCCACUGCCUGAUCUUGAUGAAACCGAUGAAUAA